GCGCAGGUGCGAGUACACAUAUGUACUAUCAUGUGCAAUUUCAAAUUAUGAUUUCAUCAUUCUUGUUAGACCUUGCUAAACUUUUCUCGUAUCGUAUUCCUAGUUCAUAACAAUAAGAAGAUCAUAAUGGAGUUUCAAGCAGUCGUGAUGGCAGCAGGGAAGGGGUCCAGAAUGGUCGAUCUCACAGCUAAAACUUGUAAAGCCCUGCUUCCAAUUGGGAACAUUCCAAUGGUGUGGUAUCCUCUCAAUCAGUUGGAACGGGCAGGCUUUGAAGAGGCUAUAGUCGUCGUUCUACAGUCGGCGAAAAAAGAUGUCUACCUGGCUCUCUCACAAUGUGAUCUCAAGAUCAAGCUGGACUUUGUUUCGAUCAACGACGACCAGGACUUGGGAACUGCUGACUCUCUGCGUCUCAUCGCUGACAAGAUUGAGCGUGAUGUCAUCGUCAUCAGCUGUGAUCUCAUCUGCGACGUACAGCUCCACCUGUUGGCAGACGUUCAUCGGUCCCACGAUGCCACCAUCACGGCAUUGCUCGCUCCGCUUCCCAAGGGUUUUGCCGAGGCAGUGGGACCUGGUCCGAAGUCUAAGCGGCGAUCAGAGAAAGAUCUGAUAGGUUUGCAUGGUGAGGACAGUAGGAUCGUAAUGAUGGGGUCAGAGGCCGACUUUGAAGAAAAUAUUUCACUACGGCGAUCAAUAUUAAAGAGGUUUCCAAAUAUCACGAUAUAUUCAAGUUUAACAGAUGGUCACCUUUAUAUCAUGAAAAAGUCAGUUGUGGAAUUUCUAGCAUCUAAACCAAAAAUUGGUACAUUAAAAGGAGAGCUGCUGCCAUACUUUGUAAAGAAACAGUUUUCCACAAAGAAGACUACUGAUGUUUCACCAACAGAUGGCUCUGUUGUAGAAGUUCCUAUUCCUGAUAUAUUCAGCCACCAGGAGGAGAAUAAAUUGGAACGAUUGGGCAAAGAGAUGUCGUCCUCGUCCCGCGUCGGUGAUAUCGUGGCAACGGGCAGCGGCAUCCGUUGCUAUGCCUACAUCACACAGGAUGCUUUCUGCGUGAGAACAAACACAAUGGCUGCCUACUGUGAGAUGAACAGACAGGUGACGAAGUUCCUCAAAUCGGUUGUUUCUGAGAAGCAGUUUGUUAGUUCGUCUGCUAACGUCAAUUCGAAGGCGCAGGUUGGUCAUGACAGCAUGGUGGGAGAGGGAGCCACUGUGGGCGAAAGGGCAUCAGUGAAGCGGUCCAUUGUGGGCCACCACUGCGACAUUGGAGAAAAGGUCAAGAUUGCUAAUUCACUCAUCAUGAAUCAUGCAACAGUAAAAGAAGGGUGUAAUCUUCAUAACUGUAUCAUCGGACCCAGCGCCCACAUAGCUGAGAGAGCAGAACUGAAGGAUUGCCUAGUCGGUGCAUCGCAAAACGUCAGUGCCAUGGCAAAACUCGCCUAUGAGGUAGUUGUUGAUGCAGACAAACUGAUGGAGAUCUGAAAUGUACCGGUGGACACGUAUGGACUGUUGCAGCUCAGGCCGCAUCACACGGACGCAGCAUUUAUGUAGAUUACUAUUAAAUAAAUCAGGUGUUUUUUUA